CUUUUGAAAAUCCUUCUUGGACUCGACAAAUGGAUUUAAUUGAAAAAAUUAAUGGCAAGAAUCUAAUUGUCCUUGUUACAAGGAUGGAUCUACUUAAUAUUAAUGAAGUUUCUCAAGAGAUAAGAACUAAUAAAGAAUUCAUAAGAAAGUUAACUGGUAGUGAUAUUGAAAUUCAAGGGACAAACAAAAAUAGUAACAAUGAAUGGAAAGAGCAUGGCAUUGAACUGAUUGAAAUGAAUGAUAAACAACAAAUGGAAUUCGAAAAUUCUGUUGGAAUGAUGAAAUUACAGAACAAAUUACUCCAUACAUUACAUAUACAUAUUGUAAAAGCUGCAGAAGAACUUAUGAAUUAUACAUCUGAAUGGAAAUCUAACAAAAUGAGUCAACUACAUAAAAUGUUAAAAAGUAUUGAGUCUUUUAAAGACCGAUCAGAAUUGAUAACUUCAUUCUGCAAGGAGUUUAUAGUAGUAUUUCAGACACUUUUUGUUUCGCCAUUAUAUACUCCAACUAUUCAUUCUAACAGUCGAUUGAAAAAAUUUGGAAAUGAAAUCAAAGACACACGAGAAACUAGAACAGAAUAUGGUUGGUCAUUAAAUGAUAUGUGGAAAAUUUUCGAAGAACUUAGAGGCACUAACGGAUUCACAGAAUUCCCGCCUCAAGAUUUUUGCAAUGUGGAUUUUCAAGACUACAUUGACGAUAUUGAGAAAUAUAUCAAUUCUGCUGAUCGGUUAACACAAGAAUAUACAUUGAGAUCAUCUCUUAUUAGUUUACAAAAACUUGAUGUUAAAAAGUUUGUUUCACAUCAGUCGCAAAAUGAAGAUCUGAUGCAAAGUAUUUUGGUUUCAAAAUUUAAGCAAUAUUGGAUGCUUCAAAAGGAAGAUUCAGGAGACCAGCAAAAUACAGAGAAGCAAAUCGCAAAAAUUAUGGAAUCGAUGGGGAAAUUAAAAUUUAAAAAACCUAAAUUAACUAAAGCAUCACCUAUUGAUGAUAUAUUAUGGGCAAUCUAUGCUAUGUUCUUCGAGAAACCAUAUCACCAUUUAAAGAAAAUGUUAGACGAACGCACUGAUUUAUUAGUUAUGACGCAUGCUACAUCACUUGUUCAUUACGAGGAUUAUCUGAUGAAAUGGGCUGCAGAUAAUCUGGAUUCUGCAUAUGAAAGAGCGUUCGUGGUUACUAAACAAGAUGUUUCAGAUCUCGUUAAACUAUCACCUGAAGAAAAUAAGUCAAAUAGCAAUAAGACACAACCAAUUACAGAUUCUCCAAAGAACAAGACUUUUAAUAAUCUUACAAUGGAGAACUUUAAAUGGAUUCAAAACAGAAAAAAAAUUGACAAGAAGUCACAGACUAAUUCGGCAGAAGAAACAGAAGAUAAGCCCCCGAUUUUUUCAACUCUGUCGGAAACAAUGACUGAUAGGAUUAGAUACUUUAUGAAAGGAAAACCACCAGAUAAGGAAGAUAUGGUAAAGUUGUUUAUAAAUCUUGUUGAUAUGGGCAGAAAUCCAGACACAUUCGAUGAACCUGAAAGCAAGACUAAUCUUUCUAAACAAGAAGCAAAAGCUGUUGAUUAUGUCUAUAGGCGCCGUUUGACUAUGGGAAUCUCAAGCAGUAUCACUGAUGUUAUUCAACAGCUUGCUAAAAUGCAGUAUGAAUUCAGCCAUCAACAGACUGCCGGAAUUCUAAAAC